AUGCAUCGCACCGAUGACACAGUUGAGCCAGGGCCUUCCGGCUUUGGUCUUCAAGACAUUAUCACCAUCGACUCUGACAGCGUUGAACCCGACAUUUCUUCUUGUAUUCCUUCAACUGGCACUCUUGAUGGAAUCGAUCUCGCCGCUAGGGUCAAAGAGUUUAGUGAAAGGCAUCUCAACAGUCUCCCUCUCAACCUUAUGGCCGCUGAUUUCAAGAACUACUACUUCUACAAGUCAAACCAGCGCCUUGAAGAAACCAAAGCGAGUGGUGUCGAUCUUGAUGAUAUUGCUGUCGGCGAUGAUUGUCUUCUAACUUGGUGUGGACGCACUUGGGACCCUGCCGCAGAAUCUCUGCACGACAUCAUCCAGUCUCGCCUCGCCACAAGAGAUGAAGCUCAACAAGCCGGAAAUUUGGUGCGUGAGGAUAUCAUCUGGAAGACAGGCGUGAAGCUGUACGAGGCCAGUGGUAUGGCAGCAGAGGAUGCGAUUCGAUAUCUGCAUCACAGGGAUGAGGAUGAGCUGCAUACUCCAGAUGACGACGAAAAUUGUACCUUACUUUCCAGCGAUCUUGAGGCUGAACAGCCAUACGGCACUGGAGUAGGAUCGCUAUCCCAAAGCACGACCCUGAUGUCGUCCGAUGAUUCCACCUCCUUAAGCUUUGUUUCUUUCUCUUUCUCCGACCGCGAUAGUGGCAUCGACAGUGAGUCUGAUCCCGACAUUGGUCCUGAUGAUGUUGACGACUUUGACGACACGUUCUCGGUCGACAACAUGUUUGAUCCCGAGCCACUUUACCCCGAUUCAGACGACGAAGAGCUGAACAUCUUCCACGGCGCCCGUGUCGUGGGUGUUCAGUCUCAAUAUGCAAAUGUUGAUCUCGAAAUCUAUGAGGCAUCCGAUGAAGAUGACGUCGAAGACCUACCAGAGAUGGAGCUUUGUAUUGACGGACAGCUCUAUGAAGAGCUAUUCGACAUUGAGGAGGUAGUUGGGGCCGAGAUUGAAGGGAGUCGUAUCAUAUGUACGGGAGAACUCUUCGAGGAAGGAGAUGAGAUAAUUGUGGAUGAUCCGAAGGAUGAAGUUGCAGAUUCUGGGUAUCAACAAGACGAAGACGGCUCAGCUCUUGAGUCUCCCGAAGAGAUCCCUGAAGGUCAGAUGUUUCGGCAGCGAUUCGGCACUGGGGAUGAAGCCAUUAGUGGUUCUCUUUCCAAGUUUUGGGAGAGCCUUGACGGGGAACAAGCUACUCAACGCGAAAACUCCGACAGCAUUUUCCGAGAUACUGAGGAUGGAUUUAUGUGGUGA